GGUUAGCUCAGGCGCAGGACCGCGCAGCUUCAUAGUUAGCCCAGUCGUUUGUUUGCAAUUUAAAAGAAACUUAGGUAAUCCAUUUAUUCAUUUGUGCGAUCUGUUUUGGCGGUUUCGUCGACAUGGUGUGUCAAUUAACUCAAACCUGUCCGAUUGCGGAAAAUAAUUAAUUGUCAGUGGAUGAAAGAACUUUAAAGCAAUGGAACAGGAGGGACCAACAAACGUCAAAGCGCUGAGGGCAAUGUUUCAAGAGGAGGCCAGAGUCCUGUCUCUUGUUCAGGCCAGAGACCGACCUGCCAUUGCUGAGAAGCCCAGACGGCUCCCACCAACUGUCCCUGGGGGGCGAAGCAGUUCCCUGAUAAGCCCCGUCCAUAAGGCUGUUGAGAACAGUACAAUGUCUGUCGUCCCCAGGGUCAUCUUCAGGGAUGGGACCAGGUCGUCUCGGGGCAAACAGCCAAUCCCUUUUUCUGCCCUGAUGUUGCAGGCCACCCCACCCAAUCCACCAUCGCCAACACCGCCGCCUCUACCCCCACACCAGAAUGGUCACCAGGAAGUCCACCAAAAUGGUCACCACAAUGGUGGAGAACAGAACAGUCACCACAAUGGUGGAGAGUACUACACAGCGACAGCCGUGCAGUCCUUUAAAGGCUGUUACAUUCCUUUCAGACUGACUUGCCCACCGAUGAAGGAACAGAAAAAAGAACUCCCAAUUCAUAAAGAGGUUCCACCGCAAAUGAAAUGCAAGAAAAAGAGUCUGCUGCUUCAGCACGCCUUUAAGUCAACCAAAGUAUCCAAGGCUGCUGGGGAAUCGACAGAGGAACCGACAAAUGUUUGUUUGACCAACGACAGAGAUUUAGGAGGUCCAGGAAAGCUUCUCUUGAUGAACAGGCAUAAGACUGAGGAUGGCCCGUCUCUUCAGGCAGAACAUUCCAGCACAGAGGGCCUGUCCUCAAGCCCAGAGAUCCUCAUCACCCCUCCACUGGAUGAACGUGGUGAGGAGUCUACCUCUAUGGCUAGCACGACCCAGUUCUUCAGCACAUUGGAGAAAGCUAAGAAGCGGUUUUCCCCUAAGAACCUGUUGGUGUAUGCCAGGCCCAGGAGCCUGUGUUCCGACGGAGUACAUCAUCUCCCAGACCAUAACUCUUCUACAGACAAGGGCGCAUUUAGAUCUAUAGAUCAGGAGAAUCAUGCCCCAGACCAUAACAUUCCAGCAAGUCUUCCCACCUGUCCCCCACACUUAGCUGUAGUUUCAGCCCAGCCGUUCUUCAAGAUGAAUGUCUCUCCUCAUCAGUUUCCAUCAAAGAGACGCUUUGACCGGGAGAAGGCAGGUCUUCCCCCUCCUCCUCCACCUAGAAAACCUCUCCCUGACCGGGGGCGUCUUGGACCAUCGCCAGUGAAACCUCCAAGACCUCCAUGGGUAUAUCUCAGUUGUUACCGUCCGACCACAGAACAUGACCGAGCUAAGAUUGAACCUGACUCGUGUGUGGAUCCAGACUCUGAGCCUCCAUUCAUUUAUAAUCCCGACCUGGUUGCCCCAGAGUUUCCAGAUUUUGAGCUGAAUUUGAAACAGGAUACAGCAGAAGGCAAUGCAUUAAAUCUUGCAGCUCUAGAACUAGAGGCUACAGAAUUUGGAAGCCCUGAUCUUCCGAUAGAUUUCAGGUUUCCAGGAUUUCAAACCCCUGGGCUUGAGUUACCAUCUUGUGAGCCUCCUGAAAUUUCCAGCUUUGACUGUCAAUCCCUAACUCCCAGCAGUCAUCAUGAGCUAGUUUUUCCAGACCCAGUGAUUAUUCCAGAACCAUCCUUUCUAGACUUCUGGGAUCAAAAACGGGCGUUUCCUGCUCCGGUCCUUGACCCGCCGACUCUUACCGAGAUGUCAGCUGACAUGGUGUCUGUUGAACCCCUAAUUACAGAGAAUGUUGAUCAUGACCCUGCAUCAGUCCUGAAUGAAGACCUUCAACCACUGUCAAGGGUCUGUUACCAGGAGAACUAUUAUGAAACAUGUGACAAUGUGUAUGAAGUUGUUGAGAACAUCAACAAGUUCACUUUCAGUCAAAACUCACGCAAACAGAAAGGGACGCCAAAGAAUCCAUAUGGAACUCCUCAUCCAAUGAAGGAGGAACCUCGAGUGUACAUAUGGCCCCGUAAUUCAUGUAAGGAAAGGGCAAGCCCUGAGAACCAAGAAGACCGGGAGCAGAAGAAGAGAGAGAAGCAUCGCCUGGAGAAGGAGAAGAAAGAGCAGAGGGAGAGGGAGAAGAAAGAUGGUGAAAUGAAGAAAAAAUUCAAAGUGACGGGCCACGAGGAGGCGUUGUAUCACGCCCGGGUGACCGUGGCCAGUAAGCUGCGUAAGAAUGACCUGCCAGUGAAGAGCGGUGACACUGUGGGCAUCAUCCGCACCACCAACUGCCCCAAAGGAAAAUGGCUGGCCCGUGACACUAACCACAAAUAUGGCUAUAUCUCUGUGAUGAAUGUGGAGCUGAAUAUCAAAGAGAUCCUGGAGCUAGGGAAGAAGGCUCAGGCAGCUGGUCGAGGAGGUAACACAGAGGGAGAUACCAUCAGUAUUGGUAGCAGAUCGUCUAAUCGCUGUCCCAUCCCAAACAACAGUUUCACAGAUGACGAUGAGGAGUGGACGCUGGACGAGGAGUACCUGUCCCCCCCUCCGGAGAAUCGCAUUCACAAUCGGACUGUCUCAAUGCCUGAUAUGUUAUGCUGCCAGGCUAAUGUCCAGCACACCCUUAGUGAUGUCAGCACAGAGGACCUGGACACACAAGCCAGACAGAAGGCUCUUCAGAGGUUAGCCAUUUUCUUCCAGGACAAAGAAGACAUGACCGAAAAUGAAGAGCCAUUCAAUUCAAUUGCUGAAGCUCAUCGCGUUCUAAGUGCCGUGGCAGAGCCGCAGUACUCAGACCCAGAAGUGGAUUUUUCCGAUGUGGAACUACUUCCCCCUCCAGUUCUGUAUGCAGAUAGUCUGUGACAGGCCGGCCAGCCAAGUGACCCCACACAUCUCACCUAGCCCUUCAGGAAAUACAGCAUGAUAUCCAGAUAAACCGCAGUCAUUACCGACUCCAACUAGAGCUCAAGAUCAAACAGCCUCUGGGGGGUUUUCCGGCAUGUUUCUUUUGAUAGGCUGUCUUGUUUUGAUGUUGGGGUGAUGUUUGAGUCAUUUCUCUGUUAAUAUUGUUAGUGAAGUAUGUGGGACCCUUUUUCUCAGUCACAUUAUUUCUGUCUGUUUUUGCAGUGUGGUUGCUUAUGCGUUUCCAUUGCAUGUGUACUGUUAUGCACAUCGUUUGAACUUUUUCUUGUUUUACAUUGAGAACAGUAAAUAGUGUUUCUGUUUAUUGCCCUUGCUCUGUACGGAAAUGGGAAACAAAGUUCUCUAGUCUCCACUUUCAGUAACACAUUGGUGAAAAUGUGCAUGUGUUUUGAUUAUGGUGCAUUGGUCAAGAGUAUGUGUUAUAAUCGUUUUUUGGUCUCAUUGCACUUUUUUGUCUAAUAUAUAUUUGUUUGUUUCCUGUUUUUGACGUUCAGUAGUACAUAAGGUUCUGAAUAGCAUCAAAUAAAUGGUGAGUCAUAUUCCA